AUGGCAGACGUCGCACGCCGCACUUAUGCUCGCAAUGACCACGGUCCUCGCAGUGUUGAAUCUCGCCGCAGCUCCACUCGCAACGACUACCCCUCUCCCACCUCCACCCGUAGUCGCGAACCAACCUCCCCCUACUCUCUCACCAUCACCACCGCCCCAUCUUCUUCCGUCUCCCCCUCGACCCCCUUCACAACCCGCAUCCUGAUCUCCUCGCGCACCCGCACCCGCACCCCUCUCCUAGCCGUCUGCUCUCUAGUCACAGAAUCCCACUCUCCUCUCCCAGCCGGCUACCUGCACGCUGCCAAACUCAUGGAUUCUGUUCAAGAACCCACGAGAGCAGAUUUGGCUGCUGUGAGCAGAGAGAGAAGGGGUGAUGUGGUUGGAGCGGCGGGGUUCGAAGGAUUGUGUGUUAGAGAGCAAGGGAGCUUUAGGGUUAGAGUUACUUUGGCGGUGAUGACGGGGGAUGUUUAUGAGGCUGUUGCUGAGGUGGACAGUGCUGUGUUCAGAGUCGGUGGGGGUAGAGGUGGUGUCAAUGGGGUGAAGUAUUAG